AGCGUGCUUCCCACCCCUCACCUCUCCUCGUCCCUCACACCGCCGCCUCGCACAUCAUGGCCGACACGCUCAAGGAGAUGCUCGACGUGCCGCAGAACUUCGUCAAGGAGGGCACACACUUCAUGAAGCGCUGCACCAAGCCAAACCAGAAGGAGUACCUGCAGAUCUGCCGCGCCGUCGGCAUGGGCUUCGUCGUUAUGGGCUUCAUCGGCUACUUUGUCAAGCUCAUCCACAUCCCGAUCAACAACAUUCUCGUUGGAGGCGCAUGAACGUCUCUCGACGCGCAGGGCAUCGAGAGGGGCGCCAGGGAGACGCGAGACGGAGGGGCACAGACGAAACAGAAUCCAGGAUCUUCGUCUUGCGGAUACAGAGCGUGGAGGAUGGGAUUGGACGGCGAGAC